GCGCCCGGACCAUGGCCUCCUCCUCGCAGAACAGCUGCUUCUGGUUGCUCUGGAGACGCACCUUCCUCGCGAUGGGGCUGUGCGCGCUCGUGGCGCGUGGAGCAGCGGAGGGUGACAGCGUCUUCAACUCAGAGUCAUGGCUGAAGAUGUACGGUUACCUGCCCCAGGCCAGCAGACAGAUGUCGACCAUGCGAUCGGCUCAGAUCCUGUCCAAUGCGAUCAGCGACAUGCAGCGCUUCUACAGCCUGCAGGUCACUGGACAGAUGGACCAACAAACAGUCAGUGCCAUGAGGAGACCCCGCUGUGGUGUGCCUGACAAGUUUGGAGGCCCGAUCAAAACCAACGUGCGGCGGAAACGCUAUGCCCUCACGGGGCAUAGAUGGAACAAGAGCCACCUCACUUACAGUAUCCAGAACUACACUCCCAAGAUUGGAGAGUAUAACUCAUACGAAGCCAUCCGUCGGGCGUUUAAAGUCUGGCAGCAGGUGACCCCAUUGACCUUUGACGAAAUCCCCUACCAGGAGAUCAAAUAUGGACGCCGCAAGGAGCCCGACAUUAUGAUCUUUUUCGCUUCGGGUUUCCAUGGAGACAGCUCUCCUUUUGAUGGGGAGGGAGGCUUCCUAGCUCACGCCUACUUCCCUGGACCUGGAAUGGGCGGGGACACACACUUUGACUCCGAUGAACCAUGGACCAUAGGAAACCAUAACGUACAAGGUAACGACCUCUUCCUGGUUGCAGUCCAUGAGCUGGGCCACGCCCUUGGUUUAGAGCAUUCCAACAACCCACUGGCCAUCAUGGCUCCCUUUUACCAGUGGAUGGAGACGGAGAAUUUCCAAUUGCCAGAUGACGACCUGCGAGGCAUCCAGCAGAUCUAUGGUCAGCAGAACAGCAGCCCCACCGUGGCCCUGCCCACCGUGACGCCUCGUCGCCCGGAGCCCCGCCCCCCACAAACUCCCCCCCGUCAUCCUGACCACCCCAGGACCACUGAGAGACCGGAUCACUACGGGCCCAAUAUCUGUGAAGGGAACUUUGACUCUGUGGCCAUGCUCCGAGGGGAGAUGUUUGUUUUCAAGGGUCGGUGGUUCUGGCGCGUGCGCAGGAACAGGGUCCUGGAUAACUACCCCAUGCCCAUCGGUCACUUCUGGAGGGGGCUGCCUGGAGACAUAGACUCUGCCUACGAGAGACACGACGGCAGGUUCGUCUUCUUUAAAGGAACCAGAUUCUGGCUCUUCAGGGAGGCUAACUUGGAACAGGGCUAUCCAAUGGAACUGGUUGAUUAUGGCCUAGGUAUUCCCUAUGACCGAAUAGACACAGCCAUCUGGUGGGAGCCAUCCGGCUACACCUACUUCUUCCAAGGAGACAGGUACUGGCGCUUCAACGAGCAGUCCCGCCACACGGACCAAGGAUACCCGAAAUCAAUCAGCGUCUGGGGAUCCUCAGUACCCUCCUCCCCCAAAGGGGCCUUCCUCAGCGAUGAUGGAGCGUACACCUUCUUCUACAAGGGUUCCAAGUACUGGAAGUUUGACAACCACCGCAUGAAGAGCGAGCCAGGCUACCCCAAGUCCAUCUUGAGAGACUUCAUGGGCUGCAGUGCGGACCAGGACCCAGACCGAGACACGGAGGCGGACGCGGGGCGCAAAUACCCCGACGUGAACCGGCCCCCGUUCAACCCCGACGCAACCGGACGCGACGGAGACAAGGGCAAAGACGGGGAUCGUGACGGGACGGACAACGACGCGGGCAAAGGGUCGGACGGCGACAAAGACGAGGACUACCGGGAGGGCCGUGAGGAAGACACCAACGAGGUGGACGUGGUGCUGAAGGUGGACGACAGCGAGGAGCGGACCAUGAACAUCCUGAUGGUGACCAUCCCUCUGGCCCUGGUGCUGUGCAUCCUGGGACUCGUCUACGCCAUCAUCAACACGCUGCAGAGCAAAGGGGCUCCACGGCUGCUGGUGCACUGCAAGCGCUCGCUGCAGGACUGGGUCUGACCCUGAACAAGAGCAGAAACUGAACUUUUAACUUAAAUUGGAACCUUAGACACUGCGCUCCUCUAAUCCAUCAGUCUCUGGCAACUCUUAGAACCUGUGGUAGUAGAUCCAAUACUGUACACAAACACUAGAAGCAAGCAUUAAUGAUGUCUUACUUAUACACAAACACACCAUCCUAACCUCCUCCUGUCUCCCAUGGUGCUCUACAAUGCAUCAACUGUAGUCUAUUUAUAUGAGAGAAGUUUGCACAUUGUUUUUUUUAUUAUUUCUGUUCAUUUUGUGACAUUUUGAUAUAAUUAUUAUUAUUUCUAAACCAGGAAGGCUGUUCAAUUCUUCGCCUCUUUAUAUACCGCCUUCCCCCCCUCGUCUAAUCUUAGCAGGGUCUUUGUCCUUGCCGAUACCUUCAUAUCUGCUCAUGCUAUCACAGUCGGCACAAAGAAAAUCCAAAGGGUUAGUAAAGAAAAACGGAUCACUAUGGAAGGGUUCAGUAGAUUGUCUUCCCCUUCUCACCGUCUUCUUCUCUAUGUCUUCGCCUGGUUCUGCGGUACAGUUUGUCAUUUCAGUCUAAUACAGUGGUUAAAAGAAUCCCUCUAACAUGGGGUCUAUUUAAAGAAAAAGUGAAAUAUUGUGGGAAAUACACUUAUUUGUAAAGGCAUUUUUUGUUAGCAAAUAGAAAUUGUGGCUUGGAAAAUAUGGCCUAAGUGGAAUCAACAGUAUCCUUAUCCUUUACAUUCAGAGUACCGCUGCCUUGUUUUCAGUCUUCAUCUAUAGCACAAUAGGUCUGCCUUCUUUUGUUUCCUUAUUCGGAGAGCAUUUAAAGUCCUCUUUGGCUGAAAGGCCUCAGACUUUAUCUCUUCCUUUAACCAUCAUUUAUGAGGCUAAUUCUCAGAGAGCUUCCUUUCUGUCAGCAGAAAUAUAUUUUCUUUGCACAGGAGAAGAGAGAGACUAAUGGUCCAUUUAAAAAAGUCAGCUCAGUGUGAAAUAACACAGGAGAAGUAGCAUCUUUGACAUAACACCAUGGAGAAACAAACGAAGCCCUGGCCUUUAACUCAAGAACAGGAAGCGGUCUGAGGGUGCAGCAAUGUACCAUGCACUCUGUAAUGGACUUUUUACUGCUCGUGCACAUGACCUGGGGUCUAUCUAUUGCAAACACUGGAGCUGUGAGCACCAGGGUGGGCUUGGCUCAUGUGAACACAGACUAAUCCUGUUCAUUAAGAAACAGCAGGUGUGUGCACAUGCUGUUAACCCCUGCGACAUCUAAACUAAACCUUGAACUCCCAGAAACAAAACACUCUCCUCUCCCUUUUCAUCUUGCGGGAAGUGUAGUGUGGGCAGAAUACAAAUGUCCAAUUCAACUACUCAUUAUAAAAGUAAAAACAAAAUAUUCCUGGCAGCCAUUGGUUUCCAUUUAUUUUGUAGUGUAUAAAAAUCACAGACACACAAAUGCAAAAAUAAGUCACUUACAGUAAGAUGCCAAUGAAGAGACAUAACGCACAAAAAACAAAGUGAAAAAUGAAUAUGAAUUAAAAAUAUAAAUGUUCUUAAUUUCUGCAACCGCAUAGCUUACUCACACUGGGGCUCAGACCUGUUGACCCUUUACAUCUGUCCUAAAAAUGUAUCUAAAAAACAUUUUGUAUAGACAUUGCAACAGGCCAACUUGAAAAUCGUAUAUCAUGACAGAUCCACACGUUUUUUUGGAGUUCAAAUACAGAAUGUUGUACUGUAAAGAAAUGAAUGGAAAUCUAUGGCUGCCAUGGAAACAUUAAUUGAAGAAAAAAGGCGUAAGAGCAAUGUGAAUAAUCUAAUCAUUACUCGAUGUUCUAGAAAAAUCUGAUCAAUAAGAGUCUAGAAACCGGCCUCAGAUGAGAGAGUGUAGGAGUGCAGCUUCAAUAUGAAUGGGAGGAAGCCUUAUCUGACGGCGCAUUAAGGACCAAGCUGCCAAUCUGAGCAGACGGGUCUCAGCCGGAUCAGGUUACAGAUGUGGACGGGGGGGUGGGGGGGUGGACGGGGGGUGAGGAGACACAAGAGAAAGGGGGGAGGGACGCUGACCUCGUCUCCCUGAGUUCUCACAGCUUGGAUCACAGGAAUAAGGAGGGGUGAGAGAGAGAGGGAGAUAGGGGACUUUGAUGGCUCUAUUCCACUGGCAACCGCUCAUGUGACCCAAAUUCUCCUGCUAGCUCAACCGCAGUGCUAGCCAAAGAGGAAACUUUAGCCUACAGGAGGUGACGGCCUUUUGCUGUAUGUGCUUAGUAGCUGUGAAGAGACCCCAUCACAUGUUUAAAAAAGUGCUAAAAAUAUGAAUACAUUUGGGAAAUAUUAAGUGAAUCGGGAACUAUUAUUAUAUUGAUCUCAAAAUAUUUGAUUGACUGAUUAAGGACAAAGUUAAAUGAUUUGACUUCAGCUUUCUAAAUCGAAUUCUAAAAGUAGUUUCUGUUCUCCUCUACUUUGAGUUGUGGGGAAAAAAUUGAAAUACCCAGAAAAUAAAUUACAGAUGAAUCAACAAAGACAAUAAGUAGUUGCAGUGCUAGUUUAAAAACCUGCUUUCCAAUUCCAGCUGCGCCUCACAAUUUAGCUUCGUCUGCUUUCCUUCAGUGCCAGUCAGACUGUAUGUUGACAGACGGUGCGGAAACACAACACCGCACAACACAACACCGUUCUCUUACUUCACCUCCAGCUGCAGGUGCAGACGGGUUGAGGUGGGACACCGCUCAGAAGGAGGUAAAGUUAACAGGACACUCGCUGAGUGGAAGAAAAGGAAGAGCAUAAUCUUCUGUCACCAGAAGUCUGCAGAUUGAUCUGUGGCCGGUCAAUAGCGGUUGCCAGGAAACAGUGUCCUGUGUCCAUCGCUCACCUCCUCUCCAUCAGGGUUGGAGGGGGAGGGGGAUUGGCGGGCGUAGCUAAUCAGUGUUAAAAGCCCCCCCCAAACCCCCUCUGCUUUCUCCUCCCCUGUCCUGCUCUUCCUACAGGCACAUCAAUGCUUAGACCGCCCCGUGUCUGGACAGGCUCAGAAAAUGUCGACUCAUUGUAUUAGAGGCAACGCUUUGUGUGGAGUUAUUAUCAGUUCUCCUUUGUGACCUCCACACAGCAAGCCCACAUGCAGUUAACCACGUUAAAAUGUAAAACGUUAAUUGUACUGGCGUUUCUUUACUUUAAACCAUAUUCUUUUGCCAGUUUGAGAGCUCCUUUUUGGCAGGACACUGACAGGGAUUCAUUUGUUGUGUUUCAAUUUGUGCACUUCUGUACUUAGAUGUGCUUUUUAAGUGCACAAGUGCAUCCUUUUGCAUGGUUUGGCACUUUUAACCGUCAAAAACUGGAAUCAAGAAAGCAGAUAAAGGUUUUGCUAAGUAAAAGUUAUACUUGCAGUACCUUCAGUUCAGUAUUUAAUAAAGGUAAUACUAUACUAGUGUCAAAAAUGUGCCCCCGUUAAUUUUAUUGGGUGAAUUAGUCUGUAAUGAUUUGCUACAGAAAACGAUUACAUUGAGAAGCUAACUAGCUAGCUAGCUAACAGUGAUCUUUGCAACUUCCUGUGAGGGUACAGCAGCUGUUUGUGAUUUAAGACAACACUACAGGGUAGAAAUUCACACAGUGUUCACAGUGCACAACAUGCAGUGGACUAAGGAACGUUUCCGAAUUGAGACACAGUAAUGUUCUUAGGACAGCUAGCAGAAGAGAAAUAUGGUAAAGGUUCAGAAAGGAAGCAAGGCAGGCUGAUUGAUGCCUGUUUGUGUGUGUCGAGGUGUUUAGUUAAUCAGCUCUACUCUCCAUAAGCGAGGCCUGUUCUCUCUGACUGUAAAUCUCCCACACUCUCUCUAUCUGCCCCCCCCCCCCACUAUGCUCAGCCCAGCCCUCCACGCCCCGGGGGAUCGUAAUAAUAACAAUGGCCUUCUCUCUCACACACUCUCUCCUCCCCCUAUAUACUCUCUAUAAUACACACACACAAACACAUUAUUGUCUUCCCUAACCUCACCUUCCUUUCGCCUCUCCCACCCCCGAUAGGAAACUAGUCAAGGCUAAGACCAAGCCUUUUUUUGUAUCCUUGUUCAGCAACUUUGAAUACUGUGUUAGGAUUUACUUAAAACACUGUACUGUACCUGUCAGGUUUUGAGUCUGCUUUACGCAGACUCAGCAACAGGAUGUCACAUUCAGAUUUCAAGUUGCAAAGGCUGAAGUUCUUUUUAUGUUAAUUCUCUGUUCGUUUUGAAGUACAGGGCCUUGAUGCAAGGUUUAGGUGUGGUGAGGCAAUCCCUUGUCUGAGCUUUCAUCUCCCUCAGGAUGUUUCAGUGAACACUGCGUUUCUCCCUUAUUUUGAUGAACAUCUCUGUUAAAACCUCCUCUUUUCUCUUUUCGUUUUCUUCAUGCUAUGUCUCUCUACUCCACUUCAUCUUCCUGUGGUCAAUGUGUGUCCCUGCGCUUCCUAAUAACCACAAGCUUCAAACAGUCAUUGCAUCAGCCCUGUGCAAAGUCUGAACUCAAAGGGAAAAAACCAGAUCAAUACAAAACGGACUGAGAAGAUCAAAGAAAGAAGUAAAACUUCACAUACAGUACAACUGUGUUCAGUUUCUCUUCCACUUGGGUCAACUGUGUGGCUUAUGAUGGCACGAACCCAAAGGAUCAUGGGUUGUCCAGAUGCUUCUCUCUUUUCCCAGAGUGCAUCCCACCUUAGCUCGUUAAACCACUCUGAAAACACUCAUUUUAAAUCACCACAGGCUAAUUUAUCUCGGUGAUGAAACAGACAAAGACAUUGAGUGCUGCUUCAGACAGACAUGGAAACUGUUGAGCAGCCUGUUGUCCCCCACUAACUGCAGCGACAGUAGAUCUUGCUGGAUUAUUUACUGCCCCUCCAUGGUGGAACUCUUCAUUACUACCCGAGUAAUGCUUCAGUGACUUUUUUGAAAAUGUAACCAUCAUCCCUGACUGGGAUGAGAUACCAAAAAAAAGCAGCUGUCAAAAAUAAAAACAGAUGAGAUUAUUGUUGGUCUUUGAUAAUUUUUAUUUUAUUUUAUUUCUCAAACUUGAUAGGACGUGUUUUUUGUUAAUAACAUUCCAAUUGUUUUUUUUUUGGUUGGUUGUUAGUGGGGUUUUUUCGGUAGAAAAUGUAAUAUUUUAUACAUUUGUGUUUUUUGUGUGAUCACCUCUAGUUGAGUGUGUUAACAAGCCAUGCUGGACAUGUACACAUUAAAAAUUGCUCUGAAAAUA